UGUCAAUGGCUGCCAAAUUUGUAGCUGAAUAUUUUUAAGUAAUACUAGUUUAUAAAUAAACAAUAAAUGGAAAAUUUUAUGAAUGUUGAAAAGAUUGGUGAAGGCACAUAUGGAGUGGUUUACAAGGCAGAGGAUAGAAAAUCAGGAAAGGAAAUUGCACUCAAAAAAAUAAAACUUGAAAAUGAACCGGAAGGGGUUCCCUCUACCGCUCUGCGCGAAAUAUCAGUUCUUCGAGACCUAAGGCACCCGUCAGUAGUGCAGCUCUUGGAUGUUAUCCUUGCAGAUGCUAAACUAUUUCUUGUUUUCGAAUUCAUGCAUAUGGACCUCAAAAAGUUAAUGGACCUGACAAAAGGACCCCUUAGACUGGAUCUUGUGAAGAGCUAUCUGCGGCAGCUGCUCGAGGGCAUCGCUUACUGCCACUCAAAGCGCGUAUUGCACCGCGACCUGAAGCCGCAAAACCUACUGGUCGAUGCGGAGGGCCGCAUCAAGCUGGCCGACUUCGGGCUGGCGCGCGCCUUCGGCAUCCCCGUGCGCGCCUACACGCACGAGGUCGUCACGCUGUGGUACCGCGCGCCGGAGAUCCUGCUCGGUGCUAAGUUUUACUCCACCGCUGUCGAUAUUUGGAGUCUCGCUUGUAUUUAUGCUGAAAUGGCCAGCGGCAGGACUCUCUUCCCCGGGGACAGUGAGAUCGACCAGCUGUUCCGCGUGUUCCGCGCGCUGGGCACGCCCGGCGAUGAGGUGUGGCCGGGCGCGCGGCUGCUGCCCGACUUCCGCGCCGCAUUCCCGCGCUGGCCGCGGCGCGAGGCGCGCCAGCUGCUGCCCGCCGCCGCGCGCGCCGAGCCGCUGGCCGGCGAGCUGUUCGAGGCCAUGCUGUGCUACGAGCCCAGCGAGCGGCUGGCGGCGCGCGCGGCGCUGCAGCACCCGUACCUGGCGGACGCGCGCCGCACGCCGCCCGACCUGCCCGCGCUGGCCGCCCGCGCGCCGCGCCCGCCGCCCGAGCCGCACUCGCCGCUCGCCCCGCUCGCCCCGCCCGCCGAAUCGAUCUCUGCCCUGUUUUAA